UAAGACACACUCACCUGAGUUGCCAGUAUCAAACUAAUAUCAACAAAAAUGAACGGUUUUAUACGUAUUACAGUGAACAUAUUUUUCCUGGCUUGCAUUUUGCUCGAGUUUCAGAUAUACCACGCUGAAGAGGUAGCUGAGAGACAAUGCAAUUACAUGGUGAAUCCAGAUGACGAACCUAACAAUGGUACCUUUGAUUCCUUUGCCACUGAACUUGAAUCUUACACGGGGUUAGGUCAAGCUCCUCACAGCAUAACCCUGAGUUGCGAAUUGAAACCUUGUAUCAUCAAUCCCAACGGCACAGCUAUAUGGGAGGCAAGGAUGCAUUUUUAUACGAAGAACAUGAUGUCUAACAACAACGAUCCGAAAACUACCCUGGAUGGGUGUUUGUGUUUUAGCGAAGAUUCUGCAGAUUUUCAGAACUGCAUGGAUGAAGUUAGGCAAAACAUGAUGGACCAAUUCGAGACAGUACUGAUGACGAAAUUUAUAGAAAUCGUCGAGAGCAACUGUACCACAUACGCGGAAAAUUGUUUAUAGAUUUGUAACAUUUAUCUCAGAAAUAUGCGUAAUACAGUAUUAGCCCGUAUAUUUUUUACGUUAAACCAUUAGCUGUGGGCGGCACGUUUUUAGAUUUAAGAUAACCAUAAUUAUUUUAAUAAUCUAUUUAUUUGUAAACAAAUGGUAUGUUAUGUUAUUAAUUUUUUGUUUUUAAUUAAGUAAAA